AUGAAAUUUUCCAACUUAGCUGCGUUCUCUACGCUCGCUGCUUUUACGUCCGUCGCAUCUGCCGACUGUGACUAUGUCAGUGGUAACUACUACUGUUCUGAAACCGACGCCGUCGUUUACUCCAACGUUGGCUACUCCGGCUCCUUCAUGGACGUCACCAACAUGGACGAGUCCACAUGUGCGUGUACCCAGGAGAAGGUCACCUUCUCCGGUGCCAUGGCUCCUCUUGACCAGGAGUUGUCCGUGCACUUCCGUGGUCCGCUCAAGUUGCUGCAAUUCGGUGUUUACUACCCAUCUGAGGGCACUUCUUUAAAGAAGAGAGACGCCACCGCUUCUGAGGACUGUUCCACCGUCAUCCAGCACCAGCACCGCAAGCGUGAAGCUGCCGUCGCAGUUGUCGAGGUGACCUCUACCGUUUACGUUGACGGCGACGGGGAACUGGUUAGUGCUACAACUGGUUCUGCCGUUGGUUUCUCCGACUCUGCCGUUUCCACUGCUGUCGUGGUCACUUCGUCUUUGGCCCCUGCUUCUUCUGCUGCCACCUCUACUGCUGCCGCUGCUUCCUCUGCCGCUGCUUCCUCUGCCGCCGCUUCUUCCUCCGCUGCUUCCUCUGCCGCUGCGUCCUCCUCUGCUUCUUCCUCUGCUUCCUCCUCUGCUGCUUCCUCUUCGUCUUCCUCGGGCGCCAGUGGCUCCGGCUGGCAGAGAGUCUCUUACUACUCUCCUGGCUCCACCACCAACUGUACCUUCAUGAACAACGAGGGUGGUACCGCUGGCUCCGGUGUGUGGUCUUCCUGUUUCGGUAACUCCAUCUCCUUUGCGGCCUCCGAUGGUGUUUCUGGUGCCUCUUCUGCCCAGGCUUUGGACGAGGUUACCCUCGCGUCCGACAAGGAGUACAUGAUCUUCUCUGGUGUUGACUGUUCCGACGACUCCAUUGGUGACUGUGGUUAUUACAGAGGUGAUAUCCCGGCCUACCAUGGGUUUGGUGGCAAGACCAAGAUGUUCGUGUUCGAAUUCUUGAUGCCUCACGAUUACUCGUCAUCUACCAACGAAGACAUGCCAGCCAUUUGGAUGUUGAACGCUAAGAUUCCACGUACCUUGCAAUACGGUGACUCCACGUGUUCUUGCUGGAGCACUGGCUGUGGUGAAGUUGACUUGUUCGAAAUUUUGAGCAGUGGUAGUGAAAAAUUGAUUACUCACAUCCACGACGGCCAAGGUAACGACGGCACCAGCACCGGUGGUGGUGGUACCCAAGACUACUUUGCCAGACCAACUUCCAGCUCCUUGAAGGCCGCCGUUAUUUUUGACGGCAGUGACGAAUCUAUUCACGUGCUCGAGGUUUCUGGUGACUUUGGCUCCACCUUGAGUGCUGCUACCGUCGAAGAAUGGUUGAACACAAGCGGCUCCUCCGCAGCUUUGUCCUCUUGA